AUGGAAGUGCCGAUUACCAUUGACUCUGGUAGUAACGCAGACUUCAUAGGACUGGAUUUCCUUCAAGAGCACAACAUAGCACUCCUGCCAGCCACGCUGCCUCUGAAAGUUGUCACGGUGGAUGGCAGGGAAUUGCUGGGGGGGCAGGUGGUGCAGCAAACGCCUCCGAUGGUGAUGCAAAUUGGGAAUCACCGAGAAGUCAUCAGCUUCAAUGUCACCCAACUGUCGGACACGCCUAUAGUAUUAGGCAUGAGUUGGCUGCACAGGCACAGCCCAGCAUUGGCGUGGUACCAGCGACAACUGACCUUCGGCUCCUCAUACUGUGCGGAACAUUGCAUUCUGCCUAGCCCGGAAGGGGAAGAGGAUGACCCGCAGCUACAAUUAGGCACGCUGCAAGCAGUGCCACUCAAGUACGCAGCGUUUUUGGAGGUUUUCUGCGAGAAGGAAGCGGACAAGCUACCUCCCCACAGGUCUUAUGACUGCAAGAUUGACCUCCUGCCAGGGGCGACGCUGCCAACCGGGAAACUGUAUUCCAUGUCCGAAGACGAGCUGCAGGAACUCAGGGAGUUCAUAGACCUCAACUUGAAGCGCGGUUUCAUCCGGGAGUCGAAGGCAGUGGGGGGCAGUCCUGUAUUCUUUGUGAAGAAGAAGGACACGCCCCAAAAAAGGCUUGUGGUGGACUAUAGAAUUUUGAACUCAAAAACCAAGCCCACAGCCUUUCCCAUGCCCAAGAUAGAUGACCUGCUCGCAACGGUGAGGAAAGGACGCGUUUUCACAAAGUUGGAUCUGCGAGGGGCGUACAACCUGAUUCGCAUGCGGGAGGGCGACGAAUGGAAGACUGCCAUGUUCACGCCCCUGGGCACCUAUGAAUACAGAGUUAUGCCCUUUGGAUUACAAAAUGGCUCCCACUGUUUUCAAGCCUUCAUGCAUCACGUAUUGGCGGGUCUCCUCUACAAGAAAUGCGUCUGCUUCCUGGACGACAUCCUGAUAUUUUCAGAAUCAGAGGAGGCCCACGAGGGAGACGUCAAGGAAGUUCUGCAGAGACUGCAGGAGCACAGGCUGUACGCCAAGCUGGAAAAGUGCCAGUUCGACAUGAAGGAAGUAGAUUUCCUGGGCUACAAGUUGUCGGACAAGGGGCUCGCCAUGGACAGCGCCAAGGUUCGCUCAGUGUUGGACUGGAAGAGCCCGCGCAAUCGGAAGGAGGUCCAACGGUUUGUCGGUUUCGCCAACUUUUACCGCAAGUUCAUCAAGGGGUUCGCGAUGCAGACGGCAGCCAUUACCGACACACUCAGCUCCAAGAAGAAGAAGUUCAUCUGGACGGAGCAAGCGGAACAGUCCUUUCAGAAACUCAAGCGUCUCUUCUCGUCCGAAGAGCAGCUACUGCAUGUGAAUCCCAGCAGACCGAUGAGGGUUGAAACGGACGCCUCAGACAGAGCCGUGGGAGCAGUACUGUUGCAGCAAGACCCGCAUGGGGACUGGAGACCGUGUGCCUUCUACUCCAGGAAGCUCAGCAAGUCAGAGCAGAACUACACCAUCUGGGACAGGGAGUUGCUGGCCAUUCAUGCAGCAUUCAAGGCGUGGCGGCACUUCCUCAUUGGAGCCAAACACACAGUGCAGGUCCGCACGGACCAUAAAAACCUGGAGUACUGGCGCACGGCAAGGUUCCUGAACCAGAGGCACAUACGAUGGGCGGAGUUCUUUGCGGAUUUCGACUUCAGGAUAGAGUACAUCCCAGGCGACAACAACAUCAUGGCGGAUGCACUGUCCAGAAAGCCGCAAUACCUCGAGGAGGCGGCACCAGCAGCGGCCAAGCACAUUUUCGCACCGAAAGCGUGGGCGUGCGCUUCAGCAACCGUGGACCUGGAUGCUGUACGGCGAGCACUGCAGGAGGACCCCUUCGCGCAAGCAAAGAUGGCAGAGGUGCAAAGGGGCACGGCGGAGGACGACGAGUUCCAGAUACGCGACGGAUUGCUCAUCCGCAGAGGGGCCCUCUACGUACCGGGAGACGACCUCCGCGCGAAAGUACUGCAGCAGUUGCACGACGCACCCACCGCCGGGCACUUUGGCAAAGAGAAGACGGUAGAAUUAGUAGCCAGAGAUUUUUGGUGGCCCAAGAUGCGGGGGAAGUCGCGGAUUACGUCUCGAGGUGCGACACCUGCCAAAGGGCCAAGUCAGUGCACAAACCGCCGGCGGGACUGCUCGAACCGCUGCAGACACCGAUCGAACCGUGGGAGAGGGUGGCCCUGGACUUUGUCACGGAUCUACCCAGCUCGAGGGGCAAGACGGCAGUGCUAG